AUGGACCAGCAGAAGGAGGAGGCGGCGGGAUGUGCGGCGUGCAAUCAUAUGCGCCGCAGAUGUCCGCCGAAUUGUAUAUUCGCGCCGUAUUUUCCGGUGACGAGCCGGUCGUUCGACUACGUCUAUCACGUCUACGGGUGCAGCAAUGUCGGGAAGAUUCUACAGAGCUUACCGGUCGAACAGCGGAAGAGGGCGGCGGAGUCGCUGGUGUUCGAGGCGGAGGCUCGCAUCCGUGAUCCUGUGCUUGGAUGCGUCGGCUACAUUUAUCUACUACAGCAGCACCUCGCUCAGAUCGACCGCGACAUUCAGGAGGCCGAGACCCAGAUUUCCGCCGCCGGCUAUCGGCCACCGGCAAUGUCACCACCGCUAGAGCAGCAUUAUUGGCACCCGAUGCCUCAGUUGGCGGCGAUGACGGCGCCGCCAUAUCAUGAGCAGCUAGAGGAAUUGCUGCUGGUUACAGGCGCCGCCACUUAUCCAUCGAUUCCUAAGACAGAGCCGAUUCCGCAGAUGCCUCUGCCUCCACAAGAUGACCGGUUGGCGAUGACAGCCGCCGAGCACGAGGACUUCCUCAGCGAUAUCCCUUCGACGCCGCUGUGGCAGGAUGAAAUGAAGGACGCUGAAGUUCGGUAUUUCGCCGCCGACAUCGAGGACCUCCUCAGCAGCUAG